GUGUACCCAGUAACACUAGGACGAGCAUUCAAUUAGCUGAUAGAUCCAUUGUGCAUCCUAGGGGCAUUGUAGAGGAUUUGAUAGUCGCAGUAGGGCCAUUCUCAUAUCUUGUAGAUUUUUUUAUUCUUGAUAUUAAUGAGGAUGUGGAUGUGCUUUUAAUUAUGAAUAGACCUUUUCUCGCCACCGCCAAGGUGCUAAUUCUAUGUUUCUAAUAAUAUGAAACACCCUAGCUCCAUGAUGAUUUAGAUUUUGUCCAAUGCACUCGACCGCAACUCCCCUUACACCAGCGAGAGCUCUUUAGCCCUUGAAGAGACCGACCCCACCUCUUUUGAGGAGCAAGCAUUCUUCGAGUGCAUUUGCCUCCUAGAGCGGGUGGAUGAGGAGGACACAACUAGCCAGACGCGGGCCACUUUCCUCCGUCCAGAGUAGUGGAUCCUCAACCAUCUGCUCACCCAAUCAUACACACCCAGCUGGGGCUCCGCCAACCGUGUCACCCUUCGGACUAUGUACUUCAUGCACUCGAUGGUCCUCGAGGAAGACUCUAUACAGUUGGGCUCUGUUGUCACCCAGACAUUUGCUAAGGCCUCGGCUUCUCAGGAUCGCUUCCUUGUCUGUGGACUGCUGAUUACGGCCUUGGCCCGCUACUAUAAGGUUGACAUUGUUGGCAUGACAGUGAUCCGCGGCCCGACUCCCCUUGGCAAAGCUACUCUCAGGAAUCAACAUUUUAUCAAGCAUGAUGGCCCUCUGACAUGGAUCAAGGGGCUUCUUAAGCCACAUGCGCUUGCCCCUGCCGGGGCCGACGAGCCAAAGUCGACCAGCCGGAGUCGAGUGUUGCUGGGUGGCGUCCGUUGUCAAGCCCGCCGUGCCCAUCCACUCGUGGUCCUUCUCCCGCUGCACCUGAGUCGUUUGGCGCCCCCGCGGUGUCCAUUGCUGACCAGCUGGCGGCCAUUGCUCGUCAGAACGAGCUCAUUCUCGAUAGCCAGGAGCACCUCAACACCCUUCUCAAUCGGGAGCGUGAUGGUCGUCGCCGUAUCAUUUUGGCUCAGCAUUAUAUGAUGCACUACUACGACAUGGACCCUGCUGUUGUUCACUAUCCCUAGCAGGCUUUCCCGGGGCAUGAGGAUAACUACCCGCCUCCAGCUGGAGAUGGUGGCGAUGAGCCCUUGGCUGGCUCCGACUAAUCCCCCACGAGAUGCUGGGUUAUGUACUUUUCUUUCCUUCCAGACUGAGACUCCGUGUCGAUUUUUUUUUCUUUUUCUUUGGAUUGUAGACUUGGAACUAUGGUUUCUUUUACCCAGUGUGUGUGUUUUUUUGACUCUGGCUCUAUGCCCUUAGCCCUUAGGACUGGCCCCUUCUAGUCCCCUACUCUUAAUUGGUCUGCCUUUUAGUCCUCGUUCAUGCUCAUCAUUUCCCGGUAACAUCGUUUCCCUUCCCUAUGCUCCAUUGAGGGCAAUGUCGAACUUAAGUGUGGGGGGUGCUUUGUAUUUAUUUGAACAUAUGUCUGUGUGCAUGACAACUUGGCACUGUGGUUUAGGUGGUGAAUGGAAUGACUGUUAAUAUUGAUGCAUGACAACUUGAUUGUGACUUGGACAACCUAUAGGGAUGACUGAGACGCGCAGUAGAGUUGUGUAGGUGUUCCAUUUAUAACCUGUUUGCUUACCAACUGCGACUUGGAUUCAUCACUUAUUUUCUACAGUCAUUUAUGCAUCUAAAUCAGGGAAUCAUAAUGAGAGAUAUAGCAUAUAGGUAGCCAUGUGAGAUUUGAGCCUGCUCAUUUCUUUCUCGUUCGAUAGAUCCCUCUUCCAUGAUGUGUAGCAUUCAUGUUGUCAAUAGUUAAAAUGAUGGAGGAAUAGGAUUAGCCCAUGACCAAAUUGACUAUCCCGUUGUCAUACCCCCUAGUCAGCCCCUUUGAGUCGUGUAACUUUAUUUCUUUCGGUCUACAAUGAACGAUCACCCUUUUG